AGGAUUUUUGUAUAAAAGCCACUGGACGAUGCAGUCCCAAUUCAUUCUGUAUUCGUGCACCUUCAAGUGAUCACACUUCCAGUGAGAGCCUCAAGUUACUUCUUUUACUCUGCAAGAAAAUAAUUUAUUUUUCUCUGUACAAAAUGGUAUUCAAGUUUGUUCCUGUUCUUGCCUUCUUGGCUGUGGCUCAUAGUCUCCCAGCUGAGGCACCGGCUCUGCUGAAAGCACCAGCUGCCAUCAUCCAACCGGCUCCAUUGAUUGCUCAGCCAGCACCAAUUAUUGCUCAACCAGCUCUCCUGGCUAGGAAGGAAUAUGCCGAAUACGAUCGCAUUCCUCAGUACAGCUUUGGGUACGAUGUCAAGGAUGCCCUGACGGGUGAUUUCAAGAGUCAGCAGGAAUCUCGCGAUGGUGACAUUGUUCGUGGACAGUACAGCCUCUUGGAUGCCGAUGGCAGGCAGAGAAUCGUUGAUUACUACGCUGAUCCCAUCAAUGGAUUCAAUGCUGAUGUGAAGUAUGCUGCUGCUGCUCCCAUUGCUGCUCCUCAGCCUAUCCUCAAGACACCCAUUGCUGCUCCAGCUCUCAUCAAGGCUGCCCCAGCUCUGGCGGCUCCCUAUGCCCGACCAUUUGCCUACCCCGCAGCCUUUCCCUACUCUGCUGCUUUUCCCUACUCAGGAGCUUUCCCUUACUCAGCCUACCCAUACGCUCCAGCCCUUCCCUACGCUCCAGCUGACUUCUUUAGAUACUAAGAAAUUCUCCUAAUUUUUCCCAACUAUCCCACUAUCUCAGUUUCCUGCAUUUCACGUCUAAUUCUUUUUGUCUUCAAUAUUUUCUUGCAAUUUUAAUAAAUAUCUUUAUACAAACUUA